UCAAAUUAUAAUAACACUUCAAUAUUUCGUCGCUUGCAUUUUGUAAAAUUCAGUUCUUAAUUUAUGUGAUCCGUGAUGUUGUUUGUCAAUUAUUGAUCAUUGUCCGAUUUACAAACAAACAUGGAUUUUAUUGACGAUUUCAUAGAAGAGUACAAGAAUAAUCCGUGCUUGUGGAAAGCCGAUUCAACAGACUUUAGAAAUCGAACAAAACGACAAGAAGCGUAUAUCAAAUUAAUUGCUGUGGCGACUAAACAUGGAGAGCUAUAUAAUGUUGAAAGGACUAAACAAAAAAUUAACAAUCUUCGGUGUGCAUUUCGUCACCAGCUUCGAAAGUAUAACGAAGUUAAAAAAAAGGGGGAAAAAUAUGAACCGUAUUGUCCAAAGCGAAGAUAUUUUGAGUCACUUAUGUUUCUAAAAGAUGAGGAAAUCCCAGAAAAGAAGUUAAAACGGGAUGAAUCCCAUGCCCUACCCUUAAAACAUAAUAUAGAUACUACAGUUGUGCAGCCUGAAGCGUGCGAUGAGUAUUCUGAUGCUGAGAGCUUGUCCAAACAAUCUAAGAACGAAAACAAAUUGUCGCCCAGCAACAGCAACAGCGCAAAUGAUUUCUGUGCCAAUAUAUUUGAUGAAGCAGAAGUUGAUCCAAUUGUCAGUAUCCAAAACGUCAAUUCCAACAACCAGGCAUCAAUUAAGGAAGUUGAGGUAAUACUGCCACCCGAAAACCAUAAUAUGUCGGAAAGAAGGAAAUCGUUUAAUACUUCCAUAACCAACACUUCAAACGACAAAAUAAACUCAACCGUACACGCAGCAGAGUCAAAUCGCGAUAAACGCGUGAUCACGCGCCAUAAAUACAUCAAAAACAGCAGAAAACGAUCAUCAUCCGUGUCAUCGCAGGUUUCGUGCGACAAUGAGAUGCAGUCGGGAAAAUGCAGGGCAGACAUUUCCAACAUAGAUCUUGACCGGCUGCUUUCGCUAGCCCUCAAAAAUUCAGAUAAUCAGCUGGAUGAUCAUUUCACAAACUUUGGAAAGAUAAUUGCUCAUAAGUUGCGAUCAAUGGAAAAUGCCCAAGCUAUAUAUGCCGAAAAGAUUAUUGCCGAUGUCCUCUAUCAGGGCCAGAUGAAACUGUUAUCUGCAUUAAGUAUAACCCAAUUCCUUGGUGUAGAUAAUACAACUGUUUACGUUGAAAGUCCUCCAAAAUAAUUUUACCCAAAACUAAUGUUAUAACAAUAAUACUAUGAAAUUAUAUGCUUACAUUUCGGCUACCAAAAC